GAAGCCAGAAAGGGAGGGGAAGCAGAGAGAGAGGGAGGAAAAGGGAAACGAAAACUUUUUUUUCUUCUUCUCUCUUCCCCAAAUAAACAUUUCCAAAAGAGAGAACACAAAAAAGGUGUCCGGCAAGCGUUUGCAGAUUGUGUGUGGAGAAAGAGAGAGGAGAUACCGUGAGGGAGGAGAAAGAGAGCAAGUUUCCUACGCAGAUCUGAUGACAACAUCAAAUAUUAACAGUGUGAGGCUUCGGGCCUGCAGUGACUAGAGAGAGAACCCCCCGAGGGACAGAGAAAGAGAGAGGGAAUGUCUUCAGAACUAAACUCCAGUCUUACCAGCAUCGACUGGCUCCCACAACUGGGAGUGAGCAGCCUGCGUUCCGGGAAGGAGAGGGGAGGAGGCAAGGAGGGGAGACAGGACAGGGGGAGGGAGAGAGGAGACCUCCCACCCCGUGUGUCGUCGUCACCUCCGCCCUCCGGCUCCAAGGGGACCCCCCACAGCUACGCCACUCUCAUCGCCAUGGCGAUAGGCGCGGCGCCGGACAGGAAGCUGAGUUUGAAUGACAUCUACACUUGGAUCAGCGACACCUUCCCCUAUUACAGCAGGACGGGCCGUGGGUGGAAGAACUCUAUCCGUCACAACCUGUCCCUGAACAAGUGCUUCAGGAAGGUUCCUCGGCCGCACACUGACCCUGGCAAGGGUUCCUACUGGACAAUGGACAGUCCCUCAGAACUCCACCAAGCGAGAGGAACCAAACGACCGUUCGAGGAAGCAAAAACGACCGCACCCCCAGAGGGGAGGACAGAGCGAGAGAAGGGCCCCCCUCUUCAGCUACCGUCCCCCCAGGCGGAGCACCAACCUUCAGCCUCUCCAUUAAGACCCCACCCGGACUCACUGUCUCCCCCUCCCUACAAGAUGCGAUCACCCUACACCCCGAAUCCGGUCUCCACCUACUCGUCUGCUCUCUCGGCCCCCUGUUCCAAUGUGUCUAUUUCCACUCUCUCCCCCUCUUUCUCUGUCACUGAUUCUGUCUCCCCCUGUACUUUCUCCCCCUCUCUCUCUGUGCCCCUGUCCCCCUCUACUCUCUCCCCCUCUAUCUCUGUGCCCCAUUCGGUCUCUCCUGUCACUCUCUCCCCCUCUACAGCAUCCCCGUCGACCAUUCCAACUCUCACCUUUCCCCAUCCGGUUCCCCACCUUACGAUCGCCACUCCUGCCAUCUCUGUGGCACCUACGACCGCCUCCCCACACCUGUCCACUGAACCCCCGCUCCGGUUCUCCUUCGCUGACCUGAACCUGCCAGACUUGUACACCUCCUUCCAGUCCCUCUACAGGACCAUGAGGGAAAGAGGUGCCUCGCAAUCGGAUGUUGGCGCUCUCUUUGGGCUGACCAGUGACAGUACCCCGCUGCACACUCCAACCCUCCCUCCAAUGUCCCCUUGCCCUUUGUCCUCUGGACCCUUGGUGACCCCUGGCCCCUUAGUGACCCCUGUUCCCAUAGUGACCCCUGGCCCCUUAGUGGCCCCUAGACCUUUAGUGGCCCCUGGACUCCCAGUCCACACUGGACCCCCUGCAGAUCGUCCAGAGACUGACAGACCAUCUCAUGCCAAUGUGCUGCCGCCUGAUUGGUUCAGCACCACAGACUCACUUAAGGAGAGUUUCCGUGUUGCCAGCAGCCUGGACUGGGCAGCUAUAGACCUAACCAGCUACCCAGACCUGGUGGAGAGCAUGCGACAGGCGGAGCUCUGUGAUUGGGCGCUGGAUCCGGUGCUCUUCACCUCCCUCUGCGAUUCGCUGAAUCGCUUCUUCACUCAGAAGGGCCUGAUUGGCUCGUCUCCUGGGAACUCCCCCCUGGCGCCAGGUGCUCUUCCGUCGCUCCCUCCUCCCCUUUCUGCCAGCUCUCUGUCCCUGGCCAGCCUCCCCCAUCCCUCGCCCCUGCUCUAUCCCCCUCUGGGGCCUCCUCCCAGCAUGGGGCAGCCCCCCAGGAGGAGUUUGCCCCCCCAGGCCCAACAAAGAGCCCCUCCAAUACAGCCUGGCCCCACCCAGCCACCACACUCUGCCGCCGGAGUCCAGCCUCAGCCAUUGGCUCCUCGGUCCCGUCCUCCAAUGAAACAUCUCCACAGCAACAGCGAGGAGUUUCAAGAUGACUUCGACUGGGACUCUCUGAUCGUCUGACGAGCAGGUCAGGGUCCACUUCACUCAGGGCUUCAGUUCAGGAUCUACCAACCCCUCGCCCAGUUCUCCCCCUGAAUAUGUAGGGGAAGACGGGCAAAACUGAGGUCACAAGGGGGGGGGGUCACAUGCCCUGCAACACUAUGCAGCUGCCUCACUUUUCUUCACUCCCUGUCACUACUUGGGGCGUCCCACCAUGCACCAGCAGGGCGGAACAUGGGGGUCAGGUAGAUCAGUUAUGACUGAAUGCUGCGCUUACCGCUUUGGGAUUCGCUUAAGCCUUUUGGUGUGUGUUUAGUUUUUUUGCCUAUGGUUUGAAUGUCUUUGUAAAAGCUUCUAAAUACUGACUUACUCAGCUGAAAGGGGUUGGGAAGGGCUGAUUAUCAAAUGAAAUCAGAACAUGAAACAAGGUACAUUCCUUGUUUGACUUUUUGUCUUAGAAUGGAUGAGAUAUUGCUGUUCAGAGUCAAGUCAUGACAUUAAAGAGAAGCCAAGCACGUGUA